AUAUAAACUCCACCUAAUCGCUAUCUCUUCGCGGUUGACCUUCGCCAUCCUCGUUUGACUCUUGUCUGGCAUGGGUUGCUUGUCUGUCUGGAUGUAGGCAAAUACUGUCAUAAACGGCAUACUUAUUGGUUAUGUAUUCUGUAUAAAUAAAAAGAAAAAAUAAAUUUACCAUAAAAUAAAAUAAAAUAAAAUAAAAUAUUAAACUUUAAUAAAUCUGCAUUCCCAGGCAAAGUUUUCUUGGUAAAAAAAAUGUUAAAAUAUCCGGUGAAAAAAUUGUAGCAGUGCCAGACUGUUUAUUAACUUCCUUAUUAGUGAAUAAUUUACAACUAAAUAGAACUUACCUUCUAGGCAAAACUGGCUUUUUUAAUAUUGCAGGACUUUUGCAUAAUCAGUUACAUGUCUACUGUUUGCCUGUGUUUUUACAUAGUAAUUGUCAUUGCCAUAUUACAUUGGAAGUUUGUUUAUUUGCAGGCUAGGAAUCUUUGCUAGAUAAAUUUACUUGUACAGUGGUCAGGUCAAAAAAAUUAUUAACGAUCAUGUAACGUAUCAACAAAGGAUAUUCACUGAUUAAUUAGCUAAUACUUUCUACACUUUAUAUUCCUCUCUGUUUUAGCAUCAUGCUUAGAUGGAGUCUUUCGUGAAUUCUCUGACAGUGGCAAAUGUAGAAUUGUCCUUACCUUAUUCUGAAACUUUGAACAGUCUGGUCAAUUACAAUUCAGAACUCACCUACAAUCCAAGGUCCACAGCUUCAAGUACAAAUCAAAGAACAGCUCAGCUGGAUAUCAGCCGCAAGCUACCUACAAAGCUCUCCAAAAACCCAAGCACUUAUGAAAAAGAACUACGGGAUCUUGUCUUGAACUUGUAUUCAGAUAAGAAAAGACCUGUUGAAGAACGCAACCAAUCGGUUGACAUGGCCUCUUUUACUCAGGACCGUAUGAUCAACCGACCUCAAACCAAAGGUGCUUCAUUCUGGGGAGCUUCGAAAAUAACUGUUCCUCAGCCCCUUGAUAUGAUGCAUGUGACAGAACCCCAUCAAGGCCAGUCAGAAUCUGGAUCAGAGGGAUAUGGUUCUUUGGACAAUGGUGUUACACAAAUAGAGGAGAAUGGUAUACAGAAUCUACAAGAGUUGCAGGGGUAUUUGGUGAAAUUACACGACAGCAAGCAAGAAAUGUCAUCUCGCAAUGUUAGCUUCUCUUCAGACCAGAUGACUCCAUUGUUUGAUGACUCUGGAAUCCAUCUGGAAUUCACCACGCCCUCUGACACCAGAAUCUAUGAGGUAGACAACGAUGAAUCUGCCACUAAUGCCCAAAGGGAAGAGGUUGCCGAAAAUCGCGAGUUUCACCGCAUCCUGCCGGAGUUUCGAGGUCGCUCUUCAUCUGUUAUUGGGGUGGAAGGCGUUGAAAACGAAGUAGAUGGUUAUCUUGUAUCAGAUAGACUCGCUGGACAGUGUAGUGGUUUUGUCACCCAAGGCGGCGAUGAUCAAACGCAUAUUUUGAAUGAGGAUUUCACAUUAAAAAACGCAAGUUGCUCUGACCACGAAAACGGCGUGGAUCUUGAAACCGCAGAGCAGGGUGUGGCCAAAGAACAGAAAUCAUUUACAAGAGAAAACUACCACGAUCUUGCUCUUCAGCGCGCCGGUUUGGAAGGAAAGCUGGAAUCACUGCAGGGAGAGUUUGCCAGUGUCCUAGAAGACAGGAAGUUACUUCAGAUUAGGCUUCAAGCGGUGGAAGCACGACUGAGAGAGGAGGUGCUAAAAGCGCGGGAAACUAAGCCUACUGCUGUGUCCCUGGUGGACGAGCUGCGACGAAGUAAGUUUGAGUUAGAGAGUCAGCUGGAUAAGUUACAGAGUGCGUACGAAGAAAAACAUGGCAAUCUUAAUGAAGCGCUGGAGCAGUUGAAGACUUCCAGCACUACUAUUCAAAAUCUCAAAAUUAAGUUGUCCUUGGUAGAAGGUGAAAUCUACCGGAGGGAAGAAACGGUGAGCGCGCUUCAAGCGGAGAUGGAUAGCUUAAAGAAAUUGCUGGAGGAGGCCAAAGAGCAAAAUGAAGAAUUCAAGAAAGAGAACAUGGCUUUGAAUGCAGAUAUAGCGAGGCUCGUCGAUGCGAAGGAAUGGCUCCAGAAACAGCUCGGGUUUGCUGAAGACGCGCGCACGAGGCUGCAGCUUGAAGCGAGCGAAUUUGAGUCGACGUUAGCAGCGAAGAAUCGCGUGAUAGAGCAGUUGAAAUGCGAAGGAGCUCGUUCAAGUCAGCAACUCACAGAACUGCAACAGAGUUCACUCGAAGAAAAAACACAGAUUCUGAAGCAUAUGGAGCAAGUUGAAGAAAGCAUUACUCAACAAAACCUGGCUUUCAAAGAGAUGGAAAUUGAUAAACAAUCCGUGGAAAAGACUUUGGGAGCAAGAGUUGAGUCCCUCAUGAGUGAAAAUAGCAAACUCCUCAAGCUUAUGAGUUCAGCUGUGGAGGUGCAAAAAGAUCUUGACGCAGCUAAGCAAGAUGUGAUUUUGAAAGAGGCUCUGCUUGAAACCUUUGUCAAGGAAAAAGAAGAAGUAAAGGAGCAGCUGAAGCUUGCCCGCGAAUCUACUGAGGAAUACAAAAGAAAUCUUCAAGAGUUGGAAUCAAAAUUUGACGCUACCAAACGGGAACUGAAGAUGGCACAAGACGAUAUAGGAGAAAAAGAGUGCUACAUUGAAAAGCUUCAAGAAGAAAAGAGACUCUUAAAGGAAAAUCUCGACGUUGCGAAUAAGGAACGACUAGCGUGUGAUAACGCCAUUCACACAUUGCGGCUGGAUCUCGAAAAAGUUGAUCGUCGUUUUAAACUGAUGAAACGAGAACUUUCCGCAAAGAACAGUCAGCUCGAGGAAACAAUUCGGCAAAAAGAUGUGUUUGUUGGAGAGCUGCGUACACUGAGAGAAGGCUUAGAGAAUCAGGUUGCCUUGGGCUGUGCCGUGAAAGAGGAGUUAGCACAGAAGGAGAAACUCGUUGAAGAAUUUCAGGAGGUGAAAGACGCACUAGAAAAAGAGAUCGCUAGUUUGGCUCAGCAGCUGGAAUAUUCACGAGGGGACAUUGCAAGAGUGGUUAAGGAAAGAAAUGAGAUCCAGGAACAACUUCAGAGUGCAGUGAGGUAAUGAGGUUAUUUUAUUGCUGGCUAGGAAAUCUAUUGUGGAAGUUGUUGAACCUAGUAUUUGUACAGUAUACAUAUUUAGUUCUAAGGCAGCGUCCACACCACGCCGGAGACAUUUGAAAACGCAGUUUUAUUU